AUGGCAUGCAUUGAUGACAUUUUGGAUGAGUACAGUUUAAAUCAAAUAGCUCUUUCGUUUAAUGGCGGUAAAGAUUGCACAGUUCUUCUCCAUAUGUUGCGAGUUGCCAUCGACAAGUAUAACAUUGUUGUUAUGGAAUUACCGGGACCUCUCAUAAUUGGAGUGAGCUCAUUGAAAGAACAACGGCCACAAAUUGUGCCCGUUUUGAUGGGAAGUCGUGCAAGUGAUCCGAAUGGAAAAUAUAUGAAAUCUAAAGUUGAGUGGACUGAUUCGGAUUGGCCUCGAGUACUUCGUGUGUGCCCGAUUCUUCCGUGGAGCUAUCAAGAUGUUUGGAUGAUGUUGAGAGGUCUUUGUGUUCACUAUUGUCAACUGUACGACCAGGGUUACACAUCAUUAGGCGGUCGAGAGACAACAGUUCCAAAUGAGAUGUUGCGAAUAGAAAGUAGCGGAAACAUAAGAUACUGCCCAGCUUAUACACUCAACGAUGGGAAUGAAGAAAGGAAAGGACGCAAAAAUAAA